AUGUAUGAUGUGGUUGAGGAGGGUGCUUGGAAUGUAGACAGACUACUGGAGGUUUUACCUGAGGAAUAUGCACUACAUAUUGUGGAAACAAUUAAGCCACCUCCUAAGCAUGAUGUACUAGAUGUGCCUUAUUGGAUGUUGAAAACUAGAGGAUACUUUAGUAUUAAAACUGCCUGGGAGUAUUUGAGAAGGAGAGAUGAACCAAGGGCAGCUUAUAAGAUGAUUUGGGUUUGGAAAGCAAAAUUACCUCUAGAUGACUUCAUAAGGAGACUGGGCUAUUUCGUGCCCUCAAAAUGUUGGUGCUGCACACAGCCUAAGGAAGAAACACUACAAUAUUUGUUCUUCAAGUCUGAUACUGCAAGAAGUGUUUGUAGGUACUUCCUAUCGAGGUCAGGUAUUACUAUGGAGGGGUUAACAAUGCAUCAAGCUAUCACUAGAUGUUGGACUGCCAAGGUUUGUCCUAGACUCAAACCUGUUAUGCAGGCUUUGCCUUCUUGUGUAGUUUGGGAGUUAUGGAAGAGAAGGAAUAGCAUGAAGUAUGGGGAUGCAGUCUCAACUAGUCGAGUGAUAUAUCAAGUUUUAUCCAUUCUUCAAGGCCUUGUGCAAGUAAGAAAGCCAGGAGUGCGUAAUGUUCCACACAAAUGGCAUGAGUUAUUAUCGAUGAUGGAAAACUAUACUCCUCGAUUGAAGGUUGACAAAGUUUGUUGGGAGCUGCCAGGGGAAGGUUGGCUUAAAGUAAACACAGAUGGUGCAUCUAGGAGGAACCCAGGAAGGAGUGCAAUUGGAUACUGCGUAAGUAAUGAAACUGGAGAUGUAUGUUAUGCAUUAGGAAAGGAAAUAAAUGAGGCUAUAAACACAGAAGCAGAGGCAGUGGCUAUUGUAGAUGCAUUGAGGUUCUGCAGAUUGCAUCAGUACUCUCAUGUAUGGAUCCAAAUAGACUCGAUGCUAAUGAAGAAAAUUAUUGAUGGAACUUGGAAGACACCAUGGUGUAUUGCUGAUCAGGUAGAGGAGAUCAUGCAGCUUUUGGAAGGGUGCAAUUAUAUCGUGUCACACAUUUUUAGAGAAGGGAACAAAUUGGCUGACCAACUUGCCAAUUAUGCUCUAGAUUUUGGAGAUAUAGAAUGCAAAGAUUUCUGGCAACUGGAUAUUCAAGGGGGGAGGAUAGUGAAUGAGGACAAACUGCAACGUCCAUACUUGAGGGUAAAAGUUGCCAAGAACUAA